ACACGGGAGUGGAGGCAUUUGGGGAAUUGUAGUCAGCCUAGGAGAGUAGCUGCAUAAUCAGUGCGUCGUGGGUCUGUAGCUUAAAAGAAGAUGAAUGGGAAACGGCCAGCUGAGCCUGUUCCCGGCCGGACCGGGAAAAAGGGAAAGAAGGAGGUGAUAGCGGAGUUUUCGGACGCUGUCACGCAAGAAACCUUGAAAAAACAGGUGUCUGAGGCCUGGAGCCGCAGGACGCCGUUCCGUCACGAGGCCAUUGUCAUGGACAUGGAUCCCUUUCUUCACUGUGUGAUACCAAACUUCAUCCAAAGCCAAAACUUCUUGGAAGGGCUUCAGAAGGAACUUUUGAACUUGGACUUCCAUGAAAAGUAUAACGAUUUAUAUAAGUUCCAGCAGUCUGAUGAUUUGAAGAAGAGAAGGGAGCCUCACAUCUGUGCUUUAAGGAAAGUUCUGUUUGAAGAUUUCCGGACUUGGCUUGCUGACAUUUCCAAGAUUGACCUGGAAUCAACUAUUGACAUGUCCUGUGCUAAAUAUGAAUUCUCUGAUGCCCUCCUCUGCCACGAUGACGAGCUGGAAGGGCGCCGGAUCGCCUUCAUUCUUUACCUGGUUCCUCCCUGGGACAGGAGCUUGGGGGGCACCCUGGACCUGUAUGACGUUGAUGAACACUUUCAGCCGAAGCAGAUCGUCAAGUCUCUUAUCCCUUCAUGGAACACACUGGUUUUCUUUGAAGUGUCUCCAGUAUCCUUUCACCAGGUGUCUGAAGUCCUAUCUGAAGAAAAGUCACGUUUGUCUAUAAGUGGCUGGUUCCAUGGUCCUUCACUGACCCGGCCUCCCAACUACUUUGAACCUCUCAUACCCCGGAGCCCUCACAUCCCACAAGAUCAUGAAAUUUUGUAUGAUUGGAUCAACCCUACUUAUCUGGACAUGGAUUACCAAGUUCAAAUUCAAGAAGAGUUUGAAGAAAGGUCUGAAAUUCUCCUAAAGGAGUUCCUUAAGCCUGAGAAAUUUGCAGAGGUCUGCGAGGCUUUAGAGAAAGGAGACGUGAAAUGGAGCAGCCGAGGUCCCCCUAACAAAAGGUUUUAUGAGAAAGCCGAGGAGAGCAAGCUUCCCGAUAUUCUGAAGGACUGCAUGGAAUUAUUCCGCUCCGAGGCUCUGUUCUUGCUGCUCUCCAACUUCACAGGCCUGAAACUUCACUUCCUGGCCCCUUCAGACGAAGAUGAGGUGGAGAACCAAAAAGAGGGAGAAGGAGCCUCUGCUACCGAUAACACUGAAGAAGGGACAAGCCAUAGCUCCUCCGAGCCAGAGAACCAUCGGACGGCCUUCCGCAACAACAGACAGCAGAGCAAGGAACAGCCAGACCCAGACUCGGAGGAAAACGAAGCAAAGCAAGACUCAAGUGUUCCUACAUGCCAGGGGGAACUGAGGCGUUGGAAGACCGGUCACUACACUUUGAUCCAUGACAACAGCAAGACGGAAUUUGCCCUGGACUUACUUCUCUACUGUGGCUGUGAAGGCUGGGAGCCAGAAUAUGGUGGAUUUACCUCCUACAUUGCCAAAGGUGAAGAUGAAGAGCUGCUAACAGUGAAUCCAGAAAACAACUCUUUGGCACUGGUCUACAGAGACAGAGAGACUCUGAAAUUCGUCAAGCAUAUUAACCACCGAAGCCUCGAACAAAAGAAAGACUUCCCUGAUAGAACCGGUUUCUGGGACUUUUCAUUUGUCUAUUAUGAAUGACAGGGCUGGGCAGAGCUAGAGGAAAGAGACCCUUCUUCAGGACUGGGAGGCACGCAGGAGCCACCAGGUGACCUGUGUGACGGUGUCCUUAAAAUCUGUGGGUGGUAGGACUCAUCAUCACUGUCCUCAAUCUAGACCUUGAGCUUGGAGCCAGGUACCUCUCUCUUGAUUAAAAAAAAAGGCUUUGUCUUUCCUUUUUUUUUUUUUUUAAACAUUCAUUUUUUCCUUUUCCAUAUGACCUUCCUUAGUGAUUUUUUUUUACAAGUUUUUGUGGUGGUAAAAUAUACAUGACAUAAAGUGUACCAUUUUAACCAUUUUUAAAUGUACACUUCAGUGACAUUCAGUACAUUCACAUGGUUGUGUGCCCGUCACCACCAUCCACCUCCAGAACCUUCCCAUCUUCCCAGACUGAAGCUCUGUCCCCAUGAAGAGUACCACCCCCGUCACCUCUCCCCACUGGCCCCUGACAGCCCCCAUUCUACUUUCUGUCUGUCUGUAGAAGUGGAACAAUACAAUAUUCGUCCUCUUGUGACUGGCUUAUUUCACCAAGCAUAAAGUCUUCAAGGUUCAUCCAUGUUUCCAGUGUUUUUUUUUUUUAACACUCAAGGCUGAUUCUGCCCUUCCUAAUCACACUGAUUUAGAACAUUACAGAAACUUCUAGCCUCUUCUUGCUAGGCUCAUACUUCCUUCCACUACCUAUGGCUUUGUUUCACUGACUCUCCUCGGACAGUGUAGACUUAGAGGAUGGUGUUCCUGCCUUGGGAAACGUGGGCCUGGCUCAAAGCGAACGCCCCGCACCUCCCCAGGAGACUUCUGGUUGGUAGAGGAGAGGGCUACUUGGGCCCUGUCUAGUGGUUCCUGGAGUCGGGACUCCUGUAGAACUAAGAGAUUCUGGCCUCGAGUGUGUCUUUCCUUUUCCUAAAAACUCUAGGAUCAGCUAUAAAAUUUGCUGCCUUUUUUUCUUUAAAAGAACAAAUGCUAAAGGCCCCACCAAAAUGCCAAGAGGAUGUGCACUUUGUUACACUCUUUUCCCCUGGACUGUCGAGAUGACGUGAGAAGUACCACCUGUACACGUGGGUGUGCCAAAUGGGCAUCAGGGUCACUGCAUCUUUAGCUGAAAGAUGCUAUUCUCAUUCCAUUCUUGUCUUCUCAUUUCAUCUCUUCUUUUUACAUGUAUUACUAGCUAUUACCUUAGCUUUUAUUAAUCAAGAGAAAAAGCAUUAGGCUUUUAUCUUUGUUAAUCUCAUAACACUGAGGACUGACUACUGACUCUAUUCUAAAGUUGACCUUAAAUGAAAGAAUAUUUCACUUUCUUUUAGGUUGAUGAUUUCAAAAUCUGUUUAAUUUCACACCCCAAUCAGUAAAAAAUGUUUUAGCAUUUAUACCCAUUAUAUGGAUAUCUAUCUAGAAAUUUUUCACAUGCACUAAUAUUCAGUAUUGUUACAAAACACUACUUUUUUCUGGGUGAGAUGAAAAAGAAGCACCUAGAACUAGUUGUAAUGGCGUCUCCCCAUGCCCACACAGUACUGGCCCAGUGUACAUGCAUAGUAUUUGAAGACCACAAAAUUUUCACCAUGAUGUAAUAACACUCACGGAUUACAACUACUUUGUAAUCAGUCACUUAACAUUUCAAAGCUUGCCGUUUCUUUUCAGUUGCUACAGACUGAAAAAGGGUCAUCCUACAAUAUGACUCUCAUUCACUUGCAUUCUGAUAUGUUUUCAUGAAUGGGAGAGAGAAGGGUGAGGUUCUAGUGAACCCAUCAGUGGCGUAACUGGAAGCAGAAGACCGAGGAGAAAGUGCCAGGCAGGUGAAACUGUCACAGGUGCCAAGCUGGGAAAAUAGACUCACGGCUCUAGGUGAUAAGUACAAGGCAAGCCUACUUUUCCCGUUCUGGAGCACUUAGUCUAAAUCUUAGCAUACCACGCAAGCAUUAAAAUGUACUUAUUAGUUUCUCCUAAUCUCAGUGUGUUUAUGAUCUGUCAACACGGCAGACCCUUCUAUACACUAUGGAAAAGGAUGGUGGUGCCUGCAGGGAGAGCGAGUCCCUGAGAGCCAGACUCUGAUGUUUCUGUCCAUUACAUCAUCUACAGCAGCACCUCUUAGAGGACCGGGUAGCUCGCAGGUCACUUUCCUGCACUGAAGACACUCAGUGACUGAGAAGCUGUUUUUCCCUAGUACUUCAUUCUUCACCUGGAUUUUUAGGGCUUAAGCCACUGUCACUAACUAUUUAGUGGCAAAAGAGGAAUUAAAACAUGGGUGUCUUUUACAUACUUGUAAUUCUUAACAGUGAACCUCUAAUUCUUAUAAUUCCUUUUAGUAAAAGAAGAUUUUUUUCCCCCCAAAGAGAACAGUUUGUAUUUUUUCAGAUUAUAUAAAUAACACAGGUUCAUUGUGAAGAAUUAAAACGUGGAAAAAUAUAAAGGCAAGGUCAUCUGGAAUCCCAGCAUCCCGUGACAGCCACUGUAGUGCUCUGUAAUGAACUGAGCCAGAGAAUGUGACUUCCAGUGGCUGUUUCGCCACUUCCUACAGCUGCAUAAGGUCGACCCUCCCCCAGAACAAAUCCCUUUUAUAAAUGUUCAUAAUGAUGGAAAUUAAGAAGAUUUUCGUAAAGUUAUUUUGAGAGUAUAUUAGCAUUUCUAUUAAGAGGAGGAAAAAUAAAAUGUUUAAGGAAGAAAUCUAUUAAAUAAUCUAACUUCUGCCCCGCAUUUUAAAGAUCUGGAACAUAAAGCCUAGGAAAGAGGCUGGGUUUGAACCUGGUUUUGAACCUGGCUUUUCUACUGCUCAUCGACUGGCUCUGAAACUCCACUGAAUGUGGUUGGUUUCUUUCCCGC